AGGAAGCAAUAAGUGACGGGCUCUGAAGGGAAGAAGAAAAAAAUCAACACGAUCUACACUGAUCUAAAGUCUGUGUGGCACUUUCCUUGGUGAGUGGAAAUACGCAAAAGGAAACUGAUCCCAGGUCUGUAAGUAGAUGAAGCUUCUUGGUUUGCCAAAAGGGAUGAGAACAAUUUCCGUUUCUCUUCUGGAUCCUCCAGGCAGCUGCUGCUCUGCCACAUACAGACACAAGCUAUAAACACAAGGUUCAGUCAAGACCACAGGGCAGUUUAGCAGCCCCCACUUCCUCAUCGAGAGCUGAAGUAGAGCGAGGGAACAUGAGUUUCCUGUGACGCCUCUGUGUCUCUGGUCAAUUAGUUUACUCACAUCACUCUUCCACUGUUGAAUUGUGCUGCAUGGAAAGAGACGGGCCUCAUCGAAUCCUGGGGGAGGCUGUCUUGUAGUCAGCUGCUGUUCGUCUAAAGAUUCUUUCCAAAAAGUGGAUCUGCCUGGACACAAAAACACGAUUGGACCUGUGCAGUUAUUCAUAGCCUUCUGAGAAAAGCUGUGAUGCUGUUUUCACACAGUUAAGGUCGCUUUUUAGAUAUUCAGUCAUGCUUCAACAGUCAGAGCUCAUCUUUGACUUUGCCAGUGACCAUGUUAACAUGUCACAGCUGGGGGUUUACUCGGAUUACCCCGCUGUGAUUGUGGAGCAGGUUCCCCAUCCACACCUGUUCUCAUAUACUGGUCUAGCGUGUGAACAGUCACAUACAGAGGUGGAUCACCAGCAGCUGCUCAAAGUGGAGCCAUGUGAAAGCGGAGAAGAAGAGACCAUGGAGACACUUGUUGCUGCUGACUCGCUUCUCAGCAUGGACUGCCCUGAUGCUCUCUCCCUGGAACAACACUACUCCCAGACCUUCUUACCGUCACUGGGUGAUGUCAUCACUACUCCUGUUACCCAGGUGACUGUGUCGGCAGAGGGCAUUGUGGGAGCUGUUGACAAGCCCCAGUGGCCCUUGUUGCACACAAAGAAGCCUGUGGCACAGCUGCAGUCCAAGAAGAGAGGGAGAAAACCUCGACAUAGAAGGGCAGAAUCUCCAACACCAGACAUUAUAGUGAAGAAGGACAAAUACAACAAAGGAGGAAACACUCUGUACCUGUGGCAGUUCCUGAUGGAGUUGUUGCAGGACCGACAGGUCUGCCCCCGCUACAUUAAAUGGACUAAUCCUGAUGCAGGAAUCUUCAAGUUGGUCAACUCAAAAGCUGUGGCCAGGCUCUGGGGCAAACACAAGAACAAGCCAGAUAUGAAUUAUGAGACAAUGGGCAGAGCACUCAGGUACUACUACCAGAGGGGCAUACUGAAUAAGGUAGAAGGCCAGCGUCUCGUCUACCAGUUCACCUCUCUGCCCAAAGACAUGAUUUAUAUCACAGAUGGAGACAACGCCAAAGAGGAGGAAGACUAUGACGACAAUAGCGGCAAUGAUGAAGGUGUGAGCGAUGACUCUGAUGACAGUACAAUACUUUCCAGUGACCAAUCAGUGGAUGACGAAGAUUUACACCCACCACAGAAGAAAAUGUUGUCCAGCUCUGUCCGAGCCCCAGCCACCCAGCGGACCAGGCCUGCUCCCAGGCCCUCAGCCCAGCGCGACACCGUCCUGCGGCCCACCAGCACCAGCUUGAUCCAGGAGCAGCAUUUGCCUAUUGUGUCAGCUGAGAUGCUGCGGACCCUCCAGAACCUGCCGAAGGUCCAGUCCCUGCAGCCCGCUGGUCACGCCUCGGUCUUCAGAACGGCUCAGCUGCUCGGUAGUCUGUGUGAGCGACAGGCUGCUGCUCAGGUGGCUGUGGACAGUAACUGUGCACGGGAGACCCCUAAUGAGAAGUCACACCCAGGACAGAAAACUUCACAAGUGGAAACUCCACAGCUGGUUCCCUUAACUAGCUCUGACCAAUAGAAAAGACCAGACACCCCCAAACACACACACACACACUCCACUGACUCAGGACCAGUAACAGAGCUGCACUUUGCUGUGGCAAUCCACACCAGGGCCUAUAUUUCUCAAGCGUGUAAGAGUGGAAGUAUUGAUCUAGGACUAUUUUUGUAUUUUAGACUAUAUUAUGAAUUAGUAACAAAAGUAAUUCUUGAUCAGUGCUUCCUGCCUGACAUCUUGAGUUGGCAGGAAAUUGGCAUGAACCAAAAUCUCAUAGCACUCUGCAGGUUACUUUCUAAGAAGAGGAAGACUUUGAAAGCUCUUGUCCUUUUAUCUCAUUCAUUCUCUGUAGCCGUUAACUAUACAAGACACCAAAGACAGACAUGCACUGGAAUCUAUUGCCUUUCUGCAUCUCCUGCAGACACCCCCUUUGCUUUUGCACUUCACCUCCAGCGUCAUGGAGCAAAUGAUCUGAUCAGCACACUGUGCCCUCCGCCUGCCUUUACUCUCGCUCUUUCCCACUCUUUUACUCUCACAUGCUGAAUCAUUCCUCUGCCUUGAAAUUGGCUUUGCACUAAUGUGUACCUCUGCUGUAUGUUUCUUCUCUAAGUGCCUGAAGAUCUCAGUCCACCCUGUCCCUGCUGCUUCCUCUGUUCCUGGUAAUCGUGAGGUUAUUGAGGGAAAACAUUCCAUAUUACUAUUGUUGUUAUUAUUAUUAUUAUUAUUAUUAUUUUUAUUUUUAUUUUUAUUUUUUAAGAUGAAUUGUGUUUGUAUUGUGAAAUGUUGAAAACAAGGGAUCACUGUUAUUUGUAGAAUAGUAAUUUAGCACUGCUGCUGUUUAGUUGAUGUAUGUACACAGUGGACCUUCCUUUUGUUGACAGUCACAAGUGAAAUUGUCUUGUAGCCUUUUAUAUUGCUACGUUGCCUCCUGUUGAGUCGUACUUCUACUAUAUAGCCUUUCUGCUAUGCACACAUUCUGUUUAGUUGUUACACAUAUAUAAAUGCAUAUAUGGACCUCUAAAGCCUUGAUAUCUUUAUGUGUUGUGUAUUAUAUACUGUAUGUCUGUGAACAUGCUUGACUUUUUGCCUUGUUGCCAUUUUCUCCCUCAGGUUUGUAAAAAUUUGUUUUACUGCACAGACUGUAUCCUCUAUGCAAGGAGUAAAAUGGCUUGCCCUUUAUAAUGAAGUAAUGCUAAGUUCAGUGUUUUCUCUUCAGUUGAUCUUAGUUUAGCCUCACAAAACCAGUCCACAGAGUUCGCUUCACUCCAAAUAAAAACUGAGCAUGUAAGAUUUAGGCUUGCUUCUGCGAGGCUGAACUUGGUUUAGGAGAGGCUUAUAACCGUGCCUUUGCCCCCAGGGAGCCCUAUGCAAAACGGUUUUCAGUUUAUUACUGAGUAAACCAUUUAUUUUGAAUCCCCUCUCUUUGCUGUAUCUGGAGGUCUCUUGAUACUGUAAGUUUUACUGAUGUGGAUUUGUAAGCUUGUAGCAGAGGGAGAGGUGGAUUUUCUGUUAUUUUAUAUCCAUGCGUUUGCUUUUGUGCAGUCCAGAGGUGUUGAAAAGAGUAUAUGAAAUAAAUGUAAUUUUAUCAUUGUC